AUGUCGAGAUAUGUGCAAGAUCUUAGCAAAGCAAUGUCUCAAGAUGGCGCUUCUCAGUUCCAAGAGGUCAUUCGACAAGAGCUAGAAUUAUCUGUGAAGAAAGAACUAGAAAAAAUACUUGUCACAGCACCAUCACAUGAGUUUGAGCACACUAAAAAAGACCUUGAUGGAUUUCGUAAGCUAUUUCAUAGAUUUUUGCAAGAAAAGGGACCUUCUGUGGAUUGGGGAAAAAUCCAGAGACCUCCAGAAGAUUCGAUUCAACCCUAUGAUAAGAUAAAGGCCAGAGGCUUACCUGACAAUAUAUCUUCGGUGCUGAACAAGUUGGUGGUGGUAAAACUCAAUGGCGGUUUGGGAACCAGCAUGGGCUGCAAAGGUCCAAAAAGUCUGAUUGGUGUGAGGAAUGAGAAUACGUUUUUGGAUCUGACGGUUCAGCAAAUUGAACAUUUGAACAAAACCUACAAUACAGAUGUUCCUCUUGUUCUAAUGAACUCUUUUAACACAGAUGAAGAUACAAAAAAAAUACUACAGAAGUACAGCCACUGUCGUGUGAAAAUCUACACUUUUAACCAAAGCAGGUACCCUAGGAUUAAUAAAGAAUCUUUACUGCCUGUAGCAAAGGAUGUAUCGUACUCAGGGGAAAAUACAGAAGCUUGGUACCCUCCAGGUCAUGGUGAUAUUUACGCCAGUUUCUACAACUCUGGUUUGCUCGAUAUCUUCAUUGGAGAAGGCAAAGAGUAUAUUUUUGUGUCUAACAUAGAUAAUCUGGGUGCCACAGUGGAUCUUUAUAUUCUUAACCAUCUAAUGAACCCACCCAAUGGAAAACCUUGUGAAUUUGUCAUGGAAGUCACAAAUAAAACACGUGCAGAUGUAAAGGGUGGGACACUCACUCAGUAUGAAGGCAAAUUGAGACUGGUGGAAAUCGCUCAAGUGCCAAAAGCACAUGUUGAUGAGUUCAAGUCUGUAUCAAAAUUCAAAAUAUUUAACACAAACAACCUUUGGAUCUCUCUUGCAGCAGUUAAAAGACUGCAGGAGAAGAAUGCUAUUGACAUGGAAAUCAUUGUUAAUCCAAAGACUUUGGAUGGAGGCCUGAAUGUCAUUCAGUUAGAAACUGCAGUGGGGGCUGCCAUUAAAAGUUUUGAGAACUCUCUAGGUAUCAAUGUUCCUAGAAGCCGUUUUCUACCUGUGAAAACCACAUCAGAUCUCCUGCUUGUGAUGUCAAACCUCUAUAGUCUUAAUGCAGGAUCUCUGACAAUGAGUGAAAAGCGGGAAUUUCCUACGGUGCCCUUGGUUAAACUCGGCAGUUCUUUUACAAAGGUUCAGGAUUAUCUAAGGAGAUUUGAAAGUAUACCAGAUAUGCUUGAAUUGGAUCACCUCACAGUUUCAGGAGAUGUAACAUUUGGCAAAAAUGUUUCAUUAAAGGGAACAGUUAUCAUCAUUGCAAACCAUGGUGACCGAAUUGACAUCCCACCUGGAGCAGUAUUAGAGAACAAGAUUGUAUCUGGGAACCUUCGCAUCUUGGACCAUUGA